GCUCCUCACUGCUAUUUUCCCAUGUGACAUGUCCCGUCUGUCUAGGCAGGGCGUUCACACCGCCGCGGCCGCCACCGCCAGCCAAAAAAGGGCCGGCGGAUGAAGAAGAGGCGGGAUAGAACAGGGGUCUUGAUGUGCCAUUUCUUCAAGCCCACGUAUAUGUGGACGUCGGGCAGCCCAACGCAUCCGCAUUACUCGCUUCUUUUUCCCUUCCCACAUGCUCACUCCCACACAGACACCCGGACAAGGCCGUGGUGGGCCGGCUUAACCUACCGUAUAUAUGGGGUGCACACAGCUCCUGAGAUCAUCCGACCAAGCCCACGGGCGGUUUCGCACUCUCGCACCCACCCCACGUCGCCUACCCCUGCCAAACAGGAACAGAAAGCGGUAUAGCGUGGGCACCGCCACAACGGCUUUGGGCAAAGCACACCGCAAAUGUUGCGGCCGAUUGCGCACAGUCCCCCAUGGGCAAAAACGCAAAAUUGCAUGUUGACACAGGAUGCAUAUUGUGCUUUUUGGGUCAUGGCCGUGUGUGCGUGCAAAGGAGGGUGGGGGGGGGGUCAAGGGAGAGCCGUCCAGGAUAUGUGUGCUGUCGCAGGUUCUAGAUUGCGUGUGCGACAGGGCCCCGGGCGGAGAGGAGAGCAGUCUAGAUUUUUUU